GCUAAUCAUUCAGUGAGUUUGAGCCCGGCGUCUUUCUUCACGGCAGAGUUCAGAUGUCUGGGGUGGCUUCUCUGCAGUAAGCACACAAAGGUAAUGCUUGCCAAAAGCUGUCUGAGUCCCAGUGAGAAAGAGAAGGGCUAAAGCCCACACCGCUGUAAACCAACCUCACGGAGCCUCUCCAGCAGUGACGCUUCUGCAGAGCCAUGAGUAACCCUGCCUCUCCAAACCCGAUUAAAGGCACCGUGUCAUCGGGUCUUCACAAUCCAGCGGCUCCUGCUGCAUCAACACUCCACGGGCGUCCACGCCCGGAAGAGGAUGAAGAUGGAGACUUGAACAAAGCCUUGGGCGUGCAGCGUUUCCAGCAGAUCCUCAGUCCCGCUGCUGACGUGCGUGAGGAGCAGCACCAUGGCUGCCACGAAGAGGACAUUCAGUAUCAUCGUCAAUCAUCUCACCACAUCCACCGGCCUCUGUCCAAGCUGCCUUCAGAGGGACGCCGGAAGAAGAAAAAGAAAAAGGACAAGGAACGCAAAAGCAGCUAUGUUUCCACCACUGGACCCAUAGAGGAAGGAGAAGAUGAAGAGGAGGAGGAGGAAGACGGGGCAGACACAAGCUCUGCUCCGCCUAAUUACGAGCAUGUCAAAGCUGCUGAGUUCUUUCUUUCAGACGAAGAUCUUGCCACCAAACCUGGCGAGGAGAGUGUCUCUCGUGAGCUGGACAUUGUGCCGCACUCCGGUGUUGGCAUCGACAGCGAGGAUGGGACUUCCACAGAUACGUUUUCUGCAUCCGAGCCCUCCACUUCCCAUUCAGCGCUCCCUGAACACAUCCCGCUGGUCCGUGUAUCCUCCGCCAGCCGCGGCUACGAUCUACAUGAGCGCCGGCGCACAGGCAACAUGACGGGCGCCGAGCAGGCCAAGUACGAGCGCAUUCCCACCGACGAGAACGAGGCUCAGACUCUGGCCUCUGCCGACCUGGAUGACAUCAAGAGCCAUCGUUUUGAGGAUGUUCCCGGUGUGCGAAGACACCUGGUCCGAAAGAGCACCAAGGGACAAGUGGCUCAUGGCAACAAGGACAGUAAAGAGCCAAGUGCCCGCAGCCGUAAGCAAGAUCGCACGCCACAUGAGGUGUUUGUGGAGCUGAAUGAGCUAACUAUGGACAAGAAUCAGGGAAUGCAGUGGAAGGAGACGGCCCGCUGGAUCAAAUUUGAGGAGGAUGUGGAGGAGGAGACGGACCGCUGGGGAAAGCCUCACGUGGCAUCGCUCUCUUUCCGCAGUUUGCUUGAACUCCGAAAGACCAUCUCCCAUGGUGCUGUGUUGUUGGACCUGAACCAGAAGACCUUGCCUGGCAUUGCCCACCAGGUGGUGGAGCAAAUGAUCAUCUCUGAUCAGAUUAAAGCUGAGGACCGUGGCAAUGUCCUGAGAGCUCUGCUGCUGAAACACAGUCACCCGAGCGAUGGGAAGGAGCACACUACCUCUUUCCCCAGGAACCUCUCAGCCACCAGCCUCGGUGGUCUGAUAACACACCACUACAGCACUAACCACGCCCACCUGCCAGAGCGGUCUCUCACUGACCCCCUCAUGGGCACCAUCAACUCUGCAAAAGAAGCAGACACGCGUAUCGACAUGGAGAAGGACGAGCUACAAGACCCACUCAUGGUGACAGGUGGCAUUCAUCGGUCCAAAUCUAAACAUGAGAUGAAGCUACUGGAGAAGAUUCCAGAGAACGCUGAGGCCACAGUUGUCCUUGUGGGUAGUGUGGGUUUCCUGGAGCAGCCCACUAUGGCAUUUGUGCGACUGCAGGAGGCAGUGGAACUUGAGUCAGUCCUAGAGGUCCCCGUUCCUGUCAGGUUCUUGUUUGUUCUACUGGGACCCCCCACCACCAGCAUGGACUACCACCAAAUAGGACGGUCUAUCUCCACACUAAUGUCUGACAAGCAAUUCCACGAGGCGGCCUACCUGGCAGAUGACAGGCAGGACCUGCUCAACGCCAUCAACUGUUUCCUGGACUGUAGCAUCGUGCUGCCCCCCUCGGAGGUCGGCGGCGAUGAGCUGUUGUACUCUGUGGCUCGUUUUCAGAGAGAGAUGCUGCGUAAAAGGGAAGAGCAGGAGGUCAAACUGUUGGCCAAGGAGGCCAAGAACCUUGAAGAAAGAGAGGCCCUCCUUACACCUUCCAAAAAGUCAGAUGACCCCUUGGAACGCACUGGAAGACCCUUUGGUGGACUGAUAAGAGAUGUACGGCGACGUUAUCCAAAAUACAUCAGUGACUUCAAGGAUGCUCUGAACACUCAAUGCAUGGCCGCUCUUAUCUUUAUCUAUUUUGCCGUCCUCGCUUCAACCAUAACAUUUGGUGGCCUUCUGGGUGAGAAGACGGACGGUCUGAUCGGUGUGUCUGAGCUGAUUGUGGGUACCGCCGUGCAAGCCGGGCUCUUCUGCUUGCUCGGCGCUCAGCCGCUGCUUAUUGUGGGCUUCUCCGGACCCCUGCUCGUCUUUGAAGAAGCUUUUUACAGUUUCUGCAAAACUAACAGCAUGGAGUACCUGACGGGCCGUGUCUGGAUCGGACUUUGGCUCAUCAUCAUUGUGACUGUCACUGUGGCUGUGGAGGGCAGUUUCCUGGUCCGCUUCUUCUCCCGCUUCACUCAGGAGAUCUUCUCUUUCCUUAUCUCCCUCAUCUUCAUCUUUGAAACCUUUCUCAAGCUUGUCAAGAUUUUCCAGAAGCACCCACUGCAGCGCUGUUCUGUUGAUAAUGGCACAGAAAGACACGAAUCAGAGGAAAAUGUCACAAUGAGCAACGUCACCCUGCCUCUGAAGGUCCAAGGAGAGCCCAACACUGCACUGAUGUCUCUCGUGCUCAUGGCUGGAACGUUCUUCAUCGCUUUCUACAUACGCAAGUUCAAGAACAGUGCAUUCUUCCCUGGAAACGUUCGUAGGAUUAUUGGAGAUUUUGGCAUGCCGAUUGCAAUUCUCGUGAUGGUGCUGGUGGAUUACAGUGUUAAAGACACUUACACGCAAAAACUGAGUGUUCCCAGUGGGUUCUCUGUGACAAGUCCCCAAAAACGCGGCUGGAUCAUCAACCCUCUGGGCACCGAGCAGGACUUCCCCAUCUGGAUGAUGUUCGCCUGCUUGUUACCUGCUUUGCUGGUUUUCAUCCUCAUCUUCAUGGAAACCCAGAUCACCUCUCUGAUUCUAAGUAAGAAGGAGCGGAUGCUGGUGAAAGGUUCUGGCUUCCAUCUCGACCUGCUGCUGAUUGUAGUGUUGGGUGGCAUAUCGGCAUUCUUUGGCCUGCCAUGGAUGGCCGCCACCACUGUUCGCUCCGUUACUCACGUAAAUGCCCUCACUGUCAUGAGCAAGGCCGUCGCCCCCGGAGACAAGCCUCGUAUCAAGGAAGUGAAGGACCAGCGAGUCACCGGGUUUCUUGUGGCUGUGCUUGUUGGCCUGUCCAUCGUAAUGGGGGAUCUGCUGGCUCAGGUUCCGCUCGCUGUGCUGUUUGGUAUCUUCCUGUAUGUGGGUGUGAUGUCACUUAACGGCAUCCAGCUCACAGAACGGAUCAUGCUGUUGCUCAUGCCGCCAAAAUACCAUCCUGAUGACACCUAUGUACGCAAGGUGCGCACGCUGCGCAUGCACCUGUUCACGGGCAUCCAGCUGAUUUGUCUGGCGGUUCUGUGGGCCGUCAUGUCAACGCAGGCAUCGCUGGCCUUCCCCUUCGUCCUCAUCCUCACCGUCCCUGUCAAGAUGUUCCUGCUGCAGCGCAUCUUCACGGUCAGAGAGAUGCUCUGUUUGGAUGCAGAUGAUGCUGAGCCAACGUUUGAUGAGAAAGAGGGCCAGGAUGAGUAUUCAGAGGUGCACAUGCCCUCUUAGCGGGAGCCAAAAUCCGUCACUCUACAUCAUCAUCACCUGGUGACAGCAUCCCCUCAAACUUUGAUGCUCUCUGAGAUCGGCUUGUUGCCCUAGCAAUGUGCCGCCUCUUCACUGCUGAGACUUUGCCAAAUGUGGGUCUGAUUGGUUUCUGCUUUGGUCAAACAUUUUGUCAUGGAGGAAAGAAAAAUCAGCUCAACAGAUCAAAUAGUCGUUACCGUAUCUUCUCUCAUGCUGUGCUUUUUACAACUGUGUUUCAGGGGAUGAGAAAUUCUAAAUCAAAUGAUCUCAAGCUCAAAAUCACAUGCCUUUACAUGAGAUAAGAUUUGCAGACAGAUGUAUUUUUUUUAGCCCUGAACGUUUGCUGAUUCACAUUGAAUAUGUGGAGGAUGAACGGGACACAUUCCUUUAUAUUAACAUACUGAGUUAUUGCUAUCAAAGUGUCACAUUUUAUAUGUUUUUAAGAUCACUAAGCGCCUUAUGAAGGAAAAAAAUAAACUGAGGUGUGUUUCACGUAACGUCUUA